AUGAAGAACGCCUACUGUGAGGACGGAGGAGUACAACUUGAAGGCUCCCAAAUCGUGGAAACUCCGUCAUACGUAUACCUCGGGCGUUCUAUGAACAUGGAAAACGACUUGAAGGAAGGACUAAAUAGAAGAAUGAGAGCAGCAUGGGCAGCAUUCGAGGCCGUCAGGGAAGCUACGGACCAACUGACGGACCAAGAUCUUCGUGCCCAUCUGUUCGACUCGACAGUUCUUCCAGCGCUCUGGUACGCAGCGGAGAAGUGGGCAGACACCGCUGCCACGUCUAGGAAGCUACUUGCUUACUUACUUACGAAGAAUCGACGAUAG